AUGGUUCCCCGCCGGUUCAGUCGUCGCCUUAUUGCAAUUGCAACCGCCAUUGUACUUUUCUUCCUUUACAACAUCGGCUUCUUCUCCGGUCACAAUCGCCAAUGGCGACCUCAUUUCACAACAACAACAACAGAUAUCGCCCCAUCCCUCAAUGAAAAUGGCGAACCUGCCCCAUUCUGCCCACCCAUACCCGGCAUCGAAGAUGUACUCGUGGUAAUGAAAACCGGAGUGACGGAAUCCCGCGAGAAAGUCCCCAUCCACUUCCAAACCACCUUACGAUGCAUCCCCCACUUCGUAAUCUACUCCGACUUCGAAGAAGAAAUCGAAGGCGUCAAAAUCCACGAUGUCCUCCGUAACAUGGACAGCGCGGCGCAAAAGAACCCAGACUUCGAUUUCUACCACCGCAUCGUGAAAUACGGCCGCAAGGGUCUGGAACAGCAAGACUUCGCCGACGAAGCAAACUCCGCCAUCGGAAAACCCAACAACCCAGGCUGGAAACUCGAUAAAUGGAAGUUCCUCCCAAUGGCGCAGGAAGCGCUACGCUACAAGCCAGACGCAAAGUGGUUCAUCUUCAUGGAAGCAGACACGUACAUCUCGUGGCCAACGGUCAUGACCUGGCUGGACCAGUUCGACCACACAAAGCCACACUAUCUAGGUACAGAGACCCAGAUCGCAGACGUUAUUUUCGCCCACGGCGGCUCGGGCUUCGUACUCUCAAACCCGGCCCUGCAACGCGCCUCCGACGAAUACACCACCCGCGAGGUCGAGCUGAACAAAUUCACCGACGAACAUUGGGCCGGUGACUGCGUGCUGGGUAAGGUCCUCAGCAACGUAGGCGUUAAUCUACACUUCACAUGGCCGAUCAUUCAAAACUCAGACAUCGGCGAACUGGACGAGUUCACCACAGACUUCUACCGAAAACCAUGGUGUUUCAUCGCCGCAACACUCCACCACCUCUCACCAAUCGACAUCGAGAAACUAUGGAAAUUCGAACAAAAGCGCUGGCGUGAUAAAAACAAACGCCUCCUCCUCCACGGCGACCUCUUCCGCGAAUAUAUCUUCCCCGAAAUAAGCAGCCAGCCCACCCGUUCAGACUGGAAUAACAUGGCACACGAAGAACAGCCCUUCGCCAAGACAUUCGAAGAUUGUCGCUUAAUCUGCGAAACGCAGAAGACAUGUGUUCAAUUCGCCUUCCGCGAAGAUAAAUGCUUCACGAGUCUCACCCCGCGUCUCGGACAUGCCGCUCCGAGCAGCGAUGCGAAGUCAAGCUGGAUCAUCAGUCGGAUUCGCGAUAUGACGGAGAAGAAGGGGUUGUGCCGGAAGCCUGAUUUCGGAGAUUUUUGA